AUGCUCAAGGACCCGCGGAACGUCCUGUGGAUGGAGUUACGUGGCAACACGUGGCAUUUCCCGCACGCCCUGACGGCCAUGCCCGAAGCGGACGGCGCGGAGCGGUACGUGGCGCAACUGCGCAACUUCAUUCCGUUCGGGUCGCGCCUGCGCACGGCGCUCGACAUCGGCGCGGGGGUGGGGGGGUUCGCGGUGGAGCUGCUGCGCCAGGGCAUGAUCACCGUGUCGCUGGACCCGCGCGACAGGUUCCGCGGGCAGGCGCAGUUUGUGCUCGAGCGCGGGCUGCCUGCGCUGGUGGGCAUUCUGGCGACGAUGCGCCUGCCGUUCCCCCCGCUCGCGUUCGACCUCGUGCACUGCUCGCACUGCCAAGUCCCCUUUGGCCUCCCCAGUACGUGCACCGUUACUCCCCCACGCUCUCUCGCGCUCCUCGCGGAUCCCCCGCGCACUAAUCGCGUGCUCUCAUUCUCAUGCUCGUGGGCAUUUGACCCCCUUCCCUUUCCGCCUCCCCUCCCCCGCUUCUCCCCCGCCCCAGACGGCACGCACCUGGCGGAGGUGGACCGCGUGCUGCGCGCGGGGGGCUUCUUCGUGCUGGCGGGGCCGCCCGUGCGCUGGGCGGGCAGGGCGGCGGAGUGGCGCGCGCUGCGCGAUAAGGCGCGCGCGCUGUGCUGGCGGCUGGUGCUGGUGGUGCCGCACGUGGCCAUCUGGCGGAAGAGUAGAGGGGUUGAGGUGGCGGGGGGAAGCGGGGGAAGCGGGGGGGAAAGAAGAUGGUGUCUUGGAGCUAAGGAAUAUAGAGAGGCGGAACAAGAGGGGGGCGGAACGGGGGAGGGGCAGGAGGAGGGAGGCAGUGAGAGGGAGGGGAUAGAAGAUUCGCAGGAGGAAAGGGUAGAGAGAGAGGAGGGAGAGGCAGUGAGUGAGGAGGGAGGGGGGAAGAGAGAGGAGGGAGGGGCGGAGAGAGAGGAGGGGGGGGCGGAGAGAGAGGAGGGGGGGGCGGAGAGAGAGGAGGGAGAGGCAGAGAGUGAGGAGGGAGGGGGGAAGAGAGAGGAGGGAGGGGCAGAGAGAGAGGAGGGAGGGGCGGAGAGAGAGGAGUUAGGGGGUGAUGUAACGGGCGAGGAGGAGGGAGAGGAGAAGCGGAAGGAGGAGGCGGGCGGAGGGGAGGGCGAGAUGGGCGCGGAGGUGUGUCCAGCGGACGACCAGCCCGACGCCGUGUGGUACUCCCCCUUGCAGCCUUGCGCAAUCCGCCCUCCCCCCUCCGCGUGGAGCCUUCCCCCCUGGCCGCAUCGCCUGUGGUUCGCCUCCCCCCGCAUCUACGCCUCCCCCCUCAUGCACCCAACCCCUGCUCUGCUGCCCAACGCUGUGGAGGAGGGUGCUUGGGGAAAGGGGGAAGAGAAGGACAAGGGGAAGGGGAGAAGGAGGGGGAAAGGCACGGGGAGGAAAGGUAGGGGAAAGGGAGGGAAGCGAAGGAGAGGAGGGAAUGAGGUGAGAAUCGAGGGUUCGACAGAGGAGGAUAAGGGGGCGAAGGAUGGGGAGAAAAGGGGGGUGAAGGAUGGGGCGGACAAGGGGGCGAAGGAGGGGGAAGAGAAGGCAGAGCAACAGGCACAGGGGAGGAGCAGCGAGGAGCCUCCUGCUGCUGCUGCUGCUGCUGGCGCUGGUGGUGAUGCUGGUAGGCGAAGGCUACUCAGCUCUGAUGCGCAUGGUGAGGGUGAUGGUGAUGGCGAAGCACAAGGGGGGCAGAGAGCAGCGGCAGAGCAGCAUGGGCAGGAGGAGGAGGGUGACAUGCGCAAGGCACUGAAGGCGGAGCAGCAGAAGUCAGUAAUGAACAUGGCAUCAUCGCAGUACAGCAAGCGGCAGGGCACGGCGCUGGCAGCCCUGUCGCCCCGGCAGAAGCGCAUGAACAUGGAGACCCGGCGCUGGGGCACCCGCCUGGCGCACUACGAGUCCCUCUUCCUGGGCCACCUGCUGGGCUAUCAGGGCAGGCGGAAGCACCGUGAGGGCGCCGAGGGGGACGGUGGGGAGGCCAAGGGGGAGAAGAGCGAGGAGAAAGGGGGGAGCAAGGAGGAGAGUGGGCCGGGGAAGGUGCGGAACGUGCUGGACAUGAAUGCGGGGGUGGGGUCGUUUGCGGCGGCGCUGCAGGGGAGGGAGGAGGACGGGGAGGAGCGGGUGUGGGUGAUGAACGUGGUGCCGGUGAGCAGCCGCCUCAACACCCUGGCAGCGGUGUUUGACCGCGGGUUGGUGGGCACGGUGCAUGACUGGUGCGAGGCGUUCUCGUCGUACCCGCGCUCCUACGACCUCGUGCACUGGCAGGGCGUCUCCUCCUCCUUCUCCCCGGACCAAUGUGACAUAGAUGACGUAAUAAUAGAGGUGGAUCGGCUAUUGAGACCGGGAGGCACAGUGAUUGUCAGAGACCUGCCCGCCGUGCUGGAGGGCGUGGAGCGAGCUGCGAGAGCAGCACACUGGAACAUGACGGCCCACCCGCCAGAGAAGGGCAGCAGCAGAGAGCACCUGCUGGUUGCACGUAAACCGCUGUGGAAGGUGGAUUCACGGGGGGUGAUUGAGAUUGUAGACACUGAUUUGUAA